CCGCCGCCCACCCCCUCUCCGCUGCAGCCCCGGCGAACAGCCGCAACCGGCGCGGCGGCACCACGGGACCGGCACCGGGGCUCGGCACCGGGCGGGGGGGCACCGGGGGAGGGACGGGGACAAACUUCCCCCUCCCCCGGCGGCAGACAUCCCCCCCCCGCUCGCAUGCCGGCGAUGCAGCCCCCGGAGCCGGGUCGGGGAGGCGGAGGCCCUUCCAACGGCAGUUGGCCCAACUCCACCGCAAGCAAGAGCCACCUCCUGAGGGAGAACUACACCUUCUCGGCGUACUACCAGCACUCGUCCCCCGUGGCGGCCAUGUUCAUCCUGGCCUACACCUUCAUCUUCCUCAUGUGCAUGAUCGGCAACAUCCUGGUGUGCUUCAUCGUGGUGAAAAACCGCCAGAUGCGGACAGUCACCAACAUGUUCAUCCUCAACCUGGCCAUCAGCGACCUGCUGGUGGGCAUCUUCUGCAUGCCCACCACCUUGGUGGACAACCUCAUCACGGGUUGGCCCUUUGACAACACCAUGUGCAAAAUGAGCGGCCUGGUGCAGGGCAUGUCCGUCUCCGCCUCCGUUUUCACCCUGGUGGCCAUCGCCGUGGAGAGGUUUCGCUGCAUUGUCCACCCCUUCCGGCAGAAGCUGACGCUGAGGAAAGCCCUGGUGACCAUUGCUAUCAUCUGGGUGCUGGCCCUGCUCAUCAUGUGUCCUGCCGCCAUCACCCUGACCGUCACCAGGGAGGAGCACCACUUCAUGGUGGACACCUACAACAACUCCUACCCCCUCUACUCCUGUUGGGAGGCCUGGCCUGAGACGGGGAUGAGGAGGAUCUACACCACCGUCCUCUUCUCCCACAUCUACGUGGCCCCUCUUGCCCUCAUCAUCAUCAUGUACGCCCGCAUCGCCUUCAAGCUCUUCAAGUCGGCAGCACCCGACCGUGGCCAAGGGGAGCCGGAGGGGAGGAAGGUCUCCCGGAGGAAGGCCAAGGUCAUCAACAUGCUCAUCAUCGUCGCCCUCUUCUUCACCCUUUCCUGGCUGCCCCUCUGGACACUGAUGCUGCUGACGGACUAUGGGCGGUUGAGCGAGGGCCAGCUCCACCUGGUUGCCGUCUACGUCUUCCCCUUCGCCCACUGGUUGGCUUUCUUCAACAGCAGCGCCAACCCCAUUAUCUAUGGCUACUUCAACGAGAACUUCCGACGGGGCUUCCAGGAGGCCUUCAGGGCCCCCUUCUGCUCGCGUCACCACCGCCAUCACCACCACGGGCCCUACGCCCCCAGGAGCCACGGCCGCGGAAUCCUCUUCGGCGCCCGUAACCGCGUCUUCGCCCAGGCACGGGCCAGUGACUCGCCGCCUGCCUCCGAAUCGGGGCCGUUGGCGCCCCGCCGCACCGGUGUCCCCGCGUGGGAUGGCUGAGCAGCCACGGCCACCAGGCACCUCUGGACCAAGGGCUUGCAGGGUGGGGAACAGGGAUUCACCACAUUAUGGGCCGUGAGUCACCAAAAUAAAGGCGCGUCCUGCUGACGCCAUGCCCUUGCCUUGGCUCCUCCACUUCCGUCAGAAGCGCCGUCCUGGAUGAGGGACAGAGGGGGGCCACCAGCCAAGCCCCCUGGCUACGUGGGCCCCUGUGUCCUGCCAGCACCCUCUCUACCCGGCGCUGGCCAGGGCACGGGGCCAGGGAGCACAGGGAGCGGUGGGGGAGAACAUGUGCGAACGGGCUGUCCCGUGCCAUGCUUGGCCACACCAUGGAGAACCAUGCAGCCCGUUGCUGGACCACUCCAUGCUGUGCUGGACCAUGCCACACCAUGCUAUCGUGGCUGUGCUGGACCAUGCCAAACCUUGCUGCUGUGGCCAUGAUGGACCAUGCCAUGCUUGCGGCCAUGCUGGACUGUGCCGUGUCAGACCAUGCCAAAUCAUACUGCUGUGGCCAUGCUGGACCAUGCCAUGCUGUGCUGAACCAAGCUAUGCCAUGCUGUUGUAGCCAUACUGGGCCAUGCUGUGCUGAGCUGGGUCAUGAUGCCGUGGCCAUGAUGGACCAAGCCAUGCUGUGCUGGACCAUGCUGUGCUGGACCAUGCCAUGCUGGACUACCCCAUGCUGUGCUGGACCACGCCACGGCAUGCUGUCAUGGCCUUGCUGGAUCAUGCCAAACCGCGCUGCCGUGGC